CCAGUCUACGUUUCGCGGCGGCCUGUGUGCAGACAAAAUGGUUGACAGCGAAAGACUCCACGUUUUUCUCGAGUAACUGAUUCUUUAUUUUAUACCCAAAUUGGUUGACGAAACCACUGCAAAAUGCUUGAGGUCAAUCGGGUUCAGUAUGAUUGGUGUUUCUAUCACACUGAAAGAUGUGAUGUACAGAUGUGUGUCCCUCCCCAUUGCAAGUAGAUAAGGAACAGCGUAUCACAGCUACAACCUCAAGAUGUUCAGGUCAUGUGCAUGGGGGAAGCCGGUAGUAACAUCCACCCCUCCUUCACUCUGGAGUCCUCCGUCCGCGACUCUGAAGUCUCCAACGACACCCAGUCCGAAGCCUCCCUGGACAAUGUCCAUGAUCUCAUCUCAGAGUUGUCCAUCGAGGAGUACGAGUCUAAAUCGGAACUGAUCAUGGGCGAUCCGCCCAAGCCCCGCACACCUGCCUGGUUUGCUGGCCUUCUGACCCUCGAUGACUUGGAGCUAGUUGCCCCUCACAGAGCUCACUUCCUGCAGCAGUUGAAGGUCUUGGUCGACAGGAAGAGACAGAUCUUAAAGGAUAAGUCCAAGACAGAGGAAGAGAGGAAUAAUGAGAUACAGACACUUACUCUAGCCGAGGAGUCAUCUUUAGGUCCUCCCGUACGUCUUGAAGACUUGGGGUUGACGUUCCAGUUCAGUCCAUCCUCCAGUGUGUACGGCUACUCUACUCAUGAUCUCAAGCCUGGUGGUGGUGAGGAACUCCUUACAUUAGACAAUGCUGAGGAGUAUGUUGAACUAGUAACUGACUUCUGUCUGCAUAGUGGUAUACAACGCCAGGCCGAGGCAUUCAAAGAGGGUUUUGAUGAGGUGUUCUCGAUGGAGAAGUUGCACAGUUUCAGUCCAACUGAACUGCAGACAAUGAUGUGUGGGGACCAGGCUCCGACGUGGACAAGGGAAGAUAUCCUCAACUACACCGAUCCAAAGCUGGGCUACACAAGAGAAAGUCCUGGAUUCCAGCGCUUUGUCAACGUGAUGACCUCCCUGACCCCAGACGAGCGGAAAUCCUUUUUGCAAUUCACCACGGGUUGUUCCUCCCUCCCGCCCGGCGGCCUGUCCAACCUCCACCCACGCCUUACCAUAGUCCGCAAGGUGGACGCCAAUGACAGCACCUACCCCUCCGUCAAUACCUGUGUACACUAUCUCAAACUGCCCGAGUACUCGACCGAGGAGAUUCUACGAGAGAGACUACUCAGCGCGACCUACGAGAAGGGAUUCCAUCUUAAUUGAUUACUCAACUCGUUCCUGCGGCUAUCGCGAGUUCUUCUAUUGUUUCCCAAGCGAACUUUUUCUGUGGAAGAGAUCCUACAAGAGAAAUUACUCGGCGCAACCUACGAGAAGGGAUUCCAUCUUAAGUGAUUACUCAUCUCGCUCUAUUUUUUGCCAGAGGGAACUUUUUUGUCGGAAAUAAAAGUGUUUCUACAGGGUGCACUUUUAGGUGUUACUGCUGGCUUCAGCAGUAGAACUGGGCCCAAUUUCGUAGAAUUGCAUAAAAGUUUGCUCAACAAUUUUCUGCUUAGCAACAGUGAGCAGGAUACCAGUCACAGAUGGCACAUGUGAGGUGAUAUUUAUGCUGGUAACCUUCUUCUGUUAUACACAAUAAAGUAGCUACGCAUAAAACAGCUUUGCUUAUCUUAAGCAUAAACAUUUGCUUAAUAAUGUUGUGCUUAGCAAAAGUGAGCAGGAUUUGCUGAUAACCUUGUUCUGCUAAGCAAAGUUGUUUGGUGCUUAGCUACUUCUGUCUAUGAAAUCGGGCCCAGGGAAGCACAGUGAAAUAGCUAGAGCCAAUGACCAAGCCACUCUUAUUGACCUGAAGGCUUUGUGUGCAGCGAGUGUUAUCAUCAUGGCUAUGGCUUAGUAUUGAUUCUAUAGACACAAUGGUGUAGCAUGAACUGAAGCCCAAGCCGAUAGGAGACUUGCAUCAGUCCAGUUGUCAAUUGUUUUUUUCGCGGAGUUGUUCUUUCAAGGACUCAUUGAACCUCAAUUUUGUCAAUAUUAUAUUGUAACUCUCUUCGUUAGUGCCUGAGUAACACCCGUGUAUUUGACUUUGUAUGAGUGGGAGAGAGACUUGUUAGUGCCUGUCUAUUUUUGCCACUGUGUUUAAUUUAGUCCAUCAAUCCCCGGAUGAGGAAAUCUCUUUGAUGCCCUUUUGGAAGAGACAUUGUCAGCCCCAGAAAAGUCUGUACAUAAUUCUAACUACACGCACCAAAAGCACAGAGUCGACGUUGCUUUGGCCCUCCUUUUUUGGGGGGUCACAUUUGCAUUGUUGAUAAACCAUUUGAAACCAUUCAGCUGGACAUGUUUUGUAUGGUGGCACUACUAUGCACAGAACUAACUUGUGUACAGUGUGCAUUCACCAUAUGGUGUCACAUUGCAGGCUGGCAUAGUUACAUGUCAUUCAAAACCAUUCAGUGAAUGGUCAGACAGUAGGAGGGUUGACUGUGUAUUAUGUUGAUACAUUCACCACAUUAUAUCAUAUUGAAGCCUGGCAUAGUGAGCUAUCAUUCAAAACCACAGUGAAUGGUAAGACAGUAGGAGGGUUGACUGUAUUACGUUGAUACAUUCACCACAUUAAACCAUAUUGGAGCCUGUCAUAAUUAGCUAUCAUUCAAAACCACAGUGAAUGGUCAGAAAGUAGGAGGGUUGACUGUGUAUCAUAGAUGCAUUCACCACAUUAUAUGAAUGUGGUUGUCAUAGAUUUAAUUCACAGUUUUUUAUACAACAGUGCGGUCAUCCCAAGUCAGAUCCCCCGUGUUCACGUUAAUGAUAAUAGUGCUACGUGUACAUGCAAACCAGGCAUCAGUCUUUUUUCCCCAGCCUCGGUUUUUGACUUGUGAUUUUUUUUUAAGAACAAAAGAACAUGGCUAUGAUGAGAUAACUUAGGUUAAUUUUUCUUGUUUAGUAAAAUAUCUCAAAAGAGAAAUAUUGAUUGAUAGAAUUUUCAGCAGCCUGGCAGCUGUAUCCCAUUUUUGUCCCCCUUAGCAUCAAUGAAAACUGCCGAGAAUAGAAAACAGUUUUCUGUUAAAAGAGUUGCAAGCUCGUUACUUUUUGGAGUAUUUCUUCUUAGGGUAAUAAUCAAUGCAUUUAAGGAGGUAAACCUCACUUUUCCUUUGUUCUAUUGUUUUUGAAAUGGUGCUGUAGUAUUGAAGCCAAAUGUUGUUUUUGUUUAACUGUUUCGUUGAUUAAUUAACUUAAUUCAUAGUGGAUGCGUCACUAGAAGAAAAUUCCUCUAUUUCUGGUAGUUUACUGGAAAUAUUUUGUUUUCCAAUUUUAUUUUGUAUAUUUGCCAUUUAAAAGAGGACAGUCAUUUUGAUUCUGCUGCUAAGUUGCCUGUUUGAUUUCUGCAAGAAUAACAUCCAAAGAUUUUGCCUGUUUGAUUUCUGCAAGAAUAACAUCCAAAGAUUUCCCAUCAUUUCACUUAAGUCCACGAGGGAAAAAUAGUCAGAAUAUGUUAUCCAAGAUUAAGCCUGUGUGUUUACAGUAAUUUUUGGAAAUGUUUACCCGUGUCUGAAACGGUCGGCUACAUGAGUAACCGUCUGUUUUAUAAACAAAAUUUCCAAGACUAAAGCUACAUGUAAAACUACUUUGACUCUAUCAUUUGAUGUACAUCAAAAUGCACGAGUUUAUCUGUCGUAAGGUGGGAAUAGGCCAUGCUUUUUUCAUGCACACUGCAUGCUGCCUGGGCCCAAUUUCAUAAAGCCUGUAAGCAUAAAAAUUGUGAAGCACAGAAAAUAUUGCAAAAACUGGUUAC